AUGACGUUACCAGUACUGGCAUUACCAGACUUUAGUCUGCCUUUUAAGGUGGAAACAGAUGCUUCAGGGUAUGGCAUUGGGGUUGUGUUGGUGCAACAGACGCGACCGAUUGCUUUCUACAGUCAUACCUUGCCGAUGAGGGACCGAGCGAAACCGGUGUAUGAAAGGGAGUUGUUGGUUGUAGUAAUGGCUAUGGUAGAAACUAAGGCUCAACUGGCUCAUUUGACAGUCCCUACACUGAAAGAUAUGACAAACAUUCAGAGGGAGGUGGAGCAAGAUGACCAGUUGCAGCGUAUCAAAAAUAGAGUUCUGCGAAAAGAGGAAGGACAUCCUUUGAAUGUCGAGGUUGUGGCUGAUAUAUUUUGUAGAGAAGUGGUGAAGUUACAUGGUAUUCCAAAGUCUAUUGUUUUAGAUCGAGACAAAGUGUUUGUGAGUAACUUUUGGCAGGAACUAUUCAGACUUUCGAGUACCAAGCUUUAUAGAAGUACAACCUAUCAUCCCAAAUUGGAUGGCCAAACAGAAAUAGUGAAUCGUAGUGUGGAAAUGUACUUGCGAUUACGACAAAAGAAGUAUAUCAAGCUAUCCCCUAAGUACUAUGGGCCGUAUCAGAUUAUUGACAGGAUUAUAUUGGUCGCUUAUAAAUUGGAGUUCUCACCUAUGGUGUCAAUCCAUCCUGUCUUUCAUGUAUCUCAGCUUAAAAAGUUAUUGGGGCAACAAGGAGGGAGUCAAUCAGUGGAUCCUUUGGUGAAUGAGAACCAUAAGUGGUUGAUUGAACCGGAGGAGGUAUUUUGCUAUCGUCCUCACUCUUCUCGACAAGGGCGUGAGAUUUUGGUGAAAUGGAAGGGAUUGCCAAAGCACGAGGCAACUUGGGAAAUGUUGGAUGACUUCUAG